GUGAUUACGCAAUGGAAUCCAACCUGGACGAGGCGCAGCGCUGUACCGCAAGCUUAUGAUUCCUACUGCUAUAGUAAAAUUGCAAUAAAACCACAUAAAUAAAUAAAUAACUAAUUUCUCGGUGUGAUUAACUUUCACAUUAGUUACAGUCGCAAAACAAAUCACUUCGUAUCGCUCGUCUCUGCGUCUGAGGCGCGGACACCUGCCGUGUUCCUGCCUCAGUGUAGUCGUGACGUCACAGUAUCGCGAGAUGAGACAUUCGCCGUGGAGCUGUCACACUGAAGCCAGGGACCUGGACUGACUGGUUGAUGCGGGUUGUGGGUUAAGAAGUCCGUGAAUGUUGGGCGGAAUGAUAUUAAGGCAAUGCUGGAAGCUGCAGAAUGGAGUGGUUGCGUUGUAAGCACCGCUCGGGCCUCGCGAGACAAGAGACAUGACAGAAGCUGCACGAAUAAGGAGCCAUCUAUUGCUGAGAAGAGAAACCCAUCUCUGUACCACACGGCACCUCAGAGAGAAAGUAAUGGCCAGUGGAGCUGCAGUGGGGUCAUCCUAGACACAAGCUUAUCCCUAGUACUUUGUCAUGGAGCCAUUUUUUUCCCAUUCCUUAAAAACAAAGAAAAGGAACUUUCAGGACCUAAAAACGACCUUCUCCUUGCUGAGGACUUUGUGUCAGAUCUUCUAAUACAAGUGGAAUGCCCUUCCCUCCCUGGGACUAGUUCUGCUUCUAAAGCCAAGCUGAACAGUGAGGUCCUACAGCAGAGAUCAGGCCUUGGGCUGGUACCCCUCUCAGAUCCACCCCGCCUUCUAACCCACCAGCACCUCCAUCGGGCUCAGCUCCUCAUGCUGGUGCCAUGCCCCGAAUUUCAGAUGGCAUUUUCUAGAUUGUUUAGUAAAGCAGAGGGCUGGGAGUUUUCCAGUGAAGAGGAGAAACAUGAGUACGGGGAACUGCAGAAGGAUUUGUCUUAUCUGCAUUGGUUUGCUCUCUUAAAGCUACAAAGUCCGCUCUCUGAUGGACACAAGAAAAUCACCUUUGUACCCUCCUCCAAACUUGAAAAAGGUUGUACAGUUAUUGCUUGCGGAUCCCCAUUCGGUUCAUUCUACCCAGAUAUCUUUCUGAAUACCGUCAGUAAAGGUAUUAUCAGCAACGUAACCGGAGAUAGAAAUGUUGUACUUCUGACUGAUGCCCGUUGCUUACCAGGUUCAGAAGGCGGUGGCAUAUUUGCUGCAGAAGGAGACUGCUUACGUUUGAUUGGGAUCAUAGUGGUGCCACUUUGCUGGAAGGCUAAUGAAUGGGUAGGACUGACCGUGGCCUGUUCCAUCAGCCACAUCCUGGAGAAUAUUAUGAAAUCUUUAUCCCUGACUAAUGCAUUGGAGGAAAACAACAUGACUGCAACAAAACUGGAAGGCGUUUGUUCUCUUGAUCUUCAAAAAGUUCCCAACUUAAUAAAAAACCCAAUUGCUUCUGUUGUUCUAGUAGAUUCAGGGCAAGUCUGGGGAUCUGGUGUCUUGGUGAGCCCAAAGGUAGUUUUGACAUGUCGGCAUGUGAUAAGAAAUGCCUCCAGGGUAUCUGUGAAAAUCAGACAUCCUACCUCUGAAAAGUUACAGGUGCUCAGCGGCCAAGUAGUGUUUUCUACACAGGAAUCCUCUCCUUAUGAUGUGGCAGUGGUGGAACUCGACGACUUGAUUCCUGGGAUUCCUGAGCUUGUUUUGGCAUCUAAAUAUUGCACAGGUAUGGAUGUGCUUAUCUGGGGAUAUGGGGCCUUUGGUGAGAGCUGUGGUCCUUCUGCAACCUCUGGUGUCCUAUCAUCUGUGAUUUGCAUUGGGGAUGUUCCUGUUAUGCUACAAACAACCUGUGCUGUUCAUGGCGGUUCAAGUGGAGGCCCCGUGUUUUCUGCUCAGACUGGAGAACUACUUGGUAUUGUUGCGAGUAACACAAGGGAUAAUACAACUGGGGCCACCUAUCCUCAUCUUAACUUCAGCAUUCCAAUUAUUAUUCUCCAAGCAGCACUACAGAGAUACAAACUACUUGGAGAUUUACGCAGCUUUCAAGAGUUAAACAAUGUCAGCCGCGCAGUCAGAAACGUGUGGCGUCUUCAGAGAAACCCAGAAAGAGUUUUGCCCAGUAAGCUUUGAUACACAAUUGUGCUGAGGCUGAUUUUCUUAAAACAAUUUCUCUCUUCAUCUUAACUUGUGCCUACCCUCAUCUCUUUAUGUAGCAGUCACCCAUAUAAUUUAUAUCAUUAAUUGUUGCUUAACCCAACUACAUUUACUCAAUCUUGCUCAUCUAGAGUGAUUUUUCUUAUGGCAAAUAAAUAUAUUUUAAGAAUA